UUUAUCCGCAUCACUUGAUGGUUACGCCAACAAUUGAAGAGUUCGCUAACGAAAACUACUUCAACGCCAAUGGACAACAAGCGGAUGAGGACGAUAACUGCAAUGAAACAACCAAACAAAAAGGGCAACAAACAUCAACUACGACAGCAAAAACAACGACAACUACUAGACAAACUUGUGACAAUUGCACCGCCAAGGAAAUACAUCGAGUUACCCUUCAGCUGCUGGUGGAUUCGACAACAACCAUGGAAACAACCACUGAAUUGUACAGCACCGAUUUCAUGUGGCAUGUAACUUCUCCGAUGGCAAACCAUAAAACCAAUAACUACAUACACAACAACGACAACAACAUCGUCAAUUUUGAAUUGUGGACACAGAAAUAUGUUGGAGCUGUGGGCAAUUUGGAUGCCAUACAUCUUGAUACGUUCCUGGCGGAGACUCGAGCAUUUGCCAAAAACGUUGAACUUUAUCCGAAUAAACUAAGAAAUUUACAGCAACGUGUAAUGAGAGCCAGUUCACUAACAUAUCUGCCGUAUGUCAAAACUGAUUAUGUGCCUCCAGGAGAAGGUAAUGUCGAUGGCAUCGAUUCGAAUGGACCCAAUAAAACGGUGUCAUUUCUUGGCUCUGAGGCGGAUUUAUUGCGGACAUUUUGUGAGGCACAUAAUUGUCGCAUACGAAUGCAACCAUAUGGACUUGAUUUUUGGGGUGCAAUUUUCGAUAAUGGUACUUCGGAUGGUGCAAUUGGUGAUAUUUAUGAACAACGAACCGAAGUGGUAAUUGGUUGUCUGUACAACUGGUACCCUGAGGUAUGGGAAAUAUCACAAUUUAUUGCAAAAUCGGCGGUGACUGUACUAGGACCGGGACCAACUCAAUAUCCACGCUGGCGUACAAAUAUAAUGCCAUUCUCCACGGAACUUUGGAUAUGCCUGAUUCCGACAUUGGUUAUGUGUUCGCUGAUGUUUCAUUUUGUAAAAUACACCGCCUAUGGCUGUAUGAAACAUAAACCAUCCAAGAAGAAACAUGGUUUGAAAAAUUUCGAAAAGGCAAUGCUGGAUGUUUUUGCUGUGUUUAUACAACAACCAUCUGUCGAUACAGUGCUCAAACGUACCGCCAGUCGAGUGUUAUUGGCAUUCCUGUUGUGUGCCACAAUUACCCUGGAGAACACAUACAGUGGUCAAUUGAAAUCGAUUUUAACAAUGCCAUUGUUUUACGAACCCAUUGAUACGGUCGAGAAAUGGUCCAACACUGACUGGAAAUGGGGUGCACCUUCGAUUGUUUGGGUAGAGACAAUAUUGGGAUCAAAUAUAACCAAGGAACAGCGUAUGGCAUCGCGUUUUGAGAUACGUGAUCAUGAUUACAUGUACAAUGCAAGCUUUCGUGAUGAUUAUGGCUUUGGUGUGGAACGUCUCUAUAGUGGAUUUUUAAACGUUGGCAAAUACAUAACCAUACCGGCAGUGGAAUCGAAAGUGGUGAUG